CUCUUAGUGAUCCCUCCCGCCGCCAGCUGUGUGAUUUGCUCAAGAAUAAAAAGUGUUAUAGUGCAUUAUAUAAAUAUAUAAAAAAUACAGUGGGAAAGAUUUAAAAAAAUAAAGAAGUGGAACGUUAUAUAUAAUAACAUGUGAAAUAGUGACAAAAAAAAAAUAAGACUUGGCUUAAAGGUCUCGUUACCAGGCCAUAAAAUAAUAAAAAAAAAAUUAUACAAUAACUUUUGACUAAGUUUAAUGACAUUAACAGCUGAUAGUGGAAAACAUCUUUUAAAAAUCCUCCUUGGAUUAGUGUUUGUACUCUGUUAAAAUUUAGAACAAUAGAAAAUUAUGAGUGUUCGCGAGGAAGAUUCACAAAAAACAAGCAGUUCAGGUCGUGGGUUAGGUUUUGCGGCUGCAGCUAUCGGAGUUGGCGUUGGCGUUGGGGCUGCCUUGUACUACUUCUUUGGCCAAAAAGAACCUGAGGCUGGUUCUUCAAAUCAGUGGGAAGGUCAGCAAUUCACUAUGGACUACACCGACACCAGCAAUGACUAUAUAACAACAACAGACACUAGUAUUAAUGAGACUGACCUUGAUUCAUCACUGAUUUUUUCUGAAAGCGAGGAUUCUGUUGGAUAUGAGAAUAUGGAUUAUUCUGAAAGAUCUACAGAUGAAUUAGAAACAAAUGAUGAUGAAUCUGUAUCAAAUUUUAAUGAAUCAAUUGAUGAGGACUCUGAUAAUGACGUAAUGAGUGUUGAAUCUAGUGAUUUAGAUGAUGAUUACCAGGAGACUCAAAACACAGAUAGUGAUACACACAUCUCUAGUGAUUCAGAAUCAGUAUAUGAAGGAUCUGAGAAUGAUUCAGACUUUGAAAAUAUUCAGCGAGACGACUUUGCUCAUGUAUCAUCUGAAGCUUCACACAGCUAUUAUAGCCCUUUUCCUCGAAUGUUGGGGAUUAUGGGUUGGCAAUAUUCAAGUUUUAGUGACCGCAGUGUAGGUCCCCUAAAUAAUUCCAGAUCAUCGCUUUCAUCAGCAAAGAAAAGGGAAGCGUUUCGCGAGAGGUCAUGGACUCUAGAACAGUGCUCCAUAUGUUUCGAUGUAAUAUUGAAGGAGCAAGAGGUGAUGGCAUUGGCGUGCACACACAGAUUCCAUACCUCAUGCAUCCUGCCAUGGCUUGAGAAGCAGCAGACAUGCCCGAACUGUCGCAAAAGCAUUUAGAAAUGCCCGAGAUUUCAUAAGUAUAAGAAGUCGGCUGGCUCCUGAUUUCUGAUGUUGGCGGAAUUUGAAGACGUCACUUCGAAAAGGCUUUAACAUUAUACAGUUGUCCAUAAAAUUGAUUAUUUCUAUUCCCUUUAUAUUUAAUAACGGCAACACUGAACUAUUCUUUUUUUCCCGCUAAAAAAUAUUUUCCUUCAAUAACUGAUGUUGUCGUUUCUGUUUUUGUGUUUAGGUCUGACAACGAAUUUAUAAUCCGCCUAAAAACUAGUCUAGAUCUUCGCCAAUACUUAAUGAAAUAAUUAGUUUUAGAACUUAUUUUUAUAUUAGUGGAUUGAAACAUUGAAUUAAAAAACAUUUUAUAAAAAGUAAAAUAAAAAUAUUCUUUGGAUUGUCAUUCUUCUUUAAUUUCUUUAAAUGUUUCACAUAUAAAACUUUUGUCUAUGGUUGCUCUACUAAAUAUUUGUAAUAGAUAGAAAAAACUAUUUCAUUCUGAAUAUUUUAUCUGUUAAAAUGUUACGUAAUAUGUGAUAAAUAUUAUACAAAUUCUAAAUUUAUUGGCUGUAAGCCGACAUUCUGGCCUUUUACUUUUUUUUAUUAAUCAAUAUUGGCAAUAAUUUGGGUUGUAAAUAUAUAU